AUGGUUGGAUCUAAAUUUAGUCAUCCAUUUCCACCCGAAUGCAAACCUCAAGAUCUCUACAAAGUGGUUGCUGAGAAACUCUAUCCAAAUUUGAAGGUCGAGAGCGAACCAGGAUGUGAUAAUCGAAUUGUGUUUCCAUUUCGACUUCUAAUGGCAGGAAAAACAAUUCCAUUCAAUGAUAGUACUGAUGAAGACAAGAGUCGUUUUGAAGAAAUGAAAAAACAAAUGAAUCCCCGAACUGUGAUUCUCGUUGGUGAGAAAUUAUCAGGUGGUAACGACCGACAGUUAUUCGGCAUGGACGCCUUCGCCGCAAAAUUUUUUACUGCAUUGCGAUCGGAAUUGUACAAGCUUCCAACAUCGUCAGGAGUUCAAUGUUUAGUGUGUCACGGAACAAAAGAUUGCGUUCAAUUCAUUUGUCCCAAAGGAGGGUGUCGCAACAAUGUGUGCAAAAUAUGCUUGCCGGAACAUUUUGCUCAAAAAGGAUACAUUUUACCAUGCUGUAUUUGUAAAAAAGUUAUAGAACUUGAUUCGUUCAUUCCAGGUGAUUCUUUUAAAACGGAAUACGAUCACUUUGAAGAUUUGAUUGAACAGCAACGAAACAUCGAUUUCCAAAUUUGCAAAUGUGGGAAAUUCUUCUUGAACACUACUAUGUACUCACGCCAGCAAUGCCCAUAUUGUAAACGGUGGAUGUGUUUUUUCUGUAACUUUGAUUGGGACUCGGCGACUAUGAGCAACCAAAAAUAUUCAUGCAGUUCUUCGUGCACUUAUCAGCAGUAUUUAGCUUUUGAAUUGGUUUCAAUGAGUAGUCAACCAAAUGUCAAACUGCCCAGUGCACGAUGCUGUCCAAAAUGUUCAACUCAUGGAAUAUAUCGCAUAAUAAUGAGUCAACGCGGAAUUGAAAAACAACGGACUCGUCCUUCUCGAAGCCAAUCAUAUGACAACAGAUGUCGAACAGUAUCCGACGGUCGUACAAUAUCGAAAACUGGACUACUCGCGACUGGUAGUCAAAAUUCUGCUACUGUCAGUGAUAAGAAAGUUGAUAACACAUCUAAACAACUGUUAAGAUCGAUCAGCAUCGAACAGUAUCGUUGUACCAACGAAAAGAAUGCAAGUGGUCGUUUCUUAUUGACCAAUGAGUCAGCAUCAUUGAAAAGAAAAAUGCAUGAUAGAGAGAGUUCAAAACUGGUUGCUGAACAUCCACCUGCACUACAAGUCGUCCCGCAAAUCUGUGGUCUACCGAAUCUUAGUAAUAGCUGUUACAUGAAUAGUGCUCUUCAAUGCUUAAAUGUUGUACCUCCCUUCGCACUAUUUUUUCGAACUUUGCCCAUUCAAUCUAGAGAAGAUAAUCUUAUCUCAUCAUAUGCUAGAUUGGUACAAACAAUGUGGUCAGGACAAUGUUCAUACGAUACGGUUGUUGAAUUAAAGCGUGCGAUAUGUAGAUAUGCUCCACAGUUUAUUGGUUAUGCUCAACAUGAUGCCCAUGAAUUUCUCAUCGCUUUACUUGAUGCUCUGCAAGAUGAGAUGACGAAAAAAUUUGCCGCUGAUGUAUCAGCAUCUUCUAUCAUCAAAAAGUUGUUCAAUGUUGAAACGAUCUCACAAGUGACAUGUGAGGCCUGCGGAAAGACAGGAGAAGGAACUGAAUCGAUGAAGUUCUUGUCACUGCCACUGCCCGAUAAAUCUACCGUUCCUAUUACAUUAUCCAAUUUAUUAGACUUAUCUGAAAAGAAAGAAAAACUCGAUGGACAAAUUUAUUGUGAUUCAUGUGAGCAAAUUGCUGGAGGUUAUCAGAAGACCAGUCUUGGUAGUUUAUCUCCAAUUAUUAUUGUCCAACUGAAACGUUUUCCAUUCGAUGGAACACAUCGAAAAGUGAUGACCACAGUUGAUUAUCCGCUCAAUGAUUUCGAUUUUUACCGAGGCAAUCAACGAAAGCGUGAAGAUCUUUACGACCUUCUUGCUAUAUCAAUGCAUGCGGGUUCUCUCGCUUCAGGUCACUAUACGACUUGUGUACGUCACAUUACAAGCAACGAAUGGUAUUAUGUUAGCGAUGAUCACUACGAACGUAUUACAGAUUUACAAAUCAUCGAUAGUAAUCCUAAAGCGUAUGUGCUUAUCUAUGCAAAGAAAAGUCUUUUUUAA